UUUGUUUUCUUUAAUUUGAAUGUGAAAUACUUUAUUGCAGAUAAAGUUAUGGUGAAGGAAAAUAAUAUGGAGAAAUGGCUACCUGGGCCUCAAGUUGAUGGGCCUAGUAAUUUCAAUAGUGAAGAUUCCAAUGGAGAUCCAACAUAUAUUUCUUGGCUGGAGAAACACCCUUGUGCAAUAUCAUCAUUUGAUCGAAUGACAAGCGCCGUAAAAGGAAAGCAAGUAGUCGUGUUUUUGGAUUACGAUGGCACGCUUUCGCCCAUCGUUAAUGAUCCCGAUCGCGCUUUCAUGUCUGAUCCGAUGCGAUCAGCUGUACGUGAGGUGGCGAGGCUAUUUCCGACUGCUAUAAUAAGUGGUAGGAGUCGAGACAAGUUAAUUACAUUUAUUUAUAUUAUUAUAUAUAUAUAUAUAUAUAUACAGGUGCAUGAAUUUGUAAAGUUAGAUGAAGUUUACUAUGCUGGGAGCCAUGGAAUGGAUAUAAUGGGACCUCCAGCACUGCAUUUGAAAUCUUAUGAUGGCAAAUAUCAGACAAAUACAAUCGACGAUAAGGGCAAUGAAACCACACUCUACCAACCUGCAAAGGAGUAUCUUCCCUCCAUUAAGAAGAUAUUAAAAGAGCUGAAACGAAGAGCGUGCGACGUACCGGGGGCUUUUGUGGAGGACAAUAUGUUCUGUAUUUCGGUGCAUUACAGACAUGUCUUGGAUGAGGAUUACGGAACGCUUGAGGAGAUAAUAGGAGAAGUAGUGUCGGAGUAUUCAUCGAGCUUUCAUCUAACUAGAGGGAAGAAAGUAAUGGAGAUUAGACCAUCAAUUCAAUGGAACAAAGGAAAUGCUUUACUAUAUCUUCUCCAAACUCUAGGCUUUUCCGAUUCUGCAAACGUCCUCCCAAUUUAUAUCGGAGACGACAAAACCGAUGAAGAUGCCUUUAAGGUACUUAGGGUUAGAGGAGAAGGUUACCCGAUUAUUGUAUCGUCGGUUCCAAGAGAAACCUCGGCUUCGCAUUCUUUACGGGAUACUUCAGAAGUACUUUCGUUUCUUGUGCGUUUAGCUGCGUGGGGAGAAGAUGCAUUGUCCUAA